AUUACUCAGCUCACCUCCCAGCUCAUCCUGGUUUCUCCGCGGACCUCCUCCUCCCCACGCUUCUCCCCUCUGCGGGAGGCGGGGUUGGGCUCCAAGUAAGGGGAGGGUUGACCACGCCCCCCUUGCCCGCGCCUCCCCUCCCAUGUGCUGCCUGGGGGCCAGUGCACGCACCAGCCGAGCACUCUGGGCAGCUGGGUGCAGGCCCUUCUGGGCAGCCGCCUUCCCCGGGGUCCCACAGCAGCCCUGCCCGCUUCACGUUCAGGUUUCUCGCAGUGCCUUCCUGCUCCUCUCUGCUUCCCCAUCCUGUCAGUUUUCCAUUUUCCUUCCUGGCUGGUGGCAGUGGGGGCUGUGUCCGGUGGGCCCCGUGGAGAUGCUCAGUGCUUGGAAUCGCCGGGACCGACCCCCUGAAGAGGGGGCAGCUGCGGGGCUCCAGGGCUUCACCGUGGACAAGACGUUCCUCUCGUCCCUCAAAGGCAUCCUGCUGGAAACUGAGCUGGCCCUGACCUUCAUCAUCUUCAUUUGUUUCACGGCCUCCAUCUCCGCCUACAUGGCUGCUGCGCUACUGGAGUUCUUCAUCACGCUAGCCUUCCUCUUCCUCUACGCCACCCAGUACUACCAGCGCUUCGAUCGGCUGAACUGGCCCUGUCUGGACUUCCUCCGCUGUGUCAGCGCCAGCAUCAUCUUCCUGGUGGUCUCCUUUGCGGCUGUGACCUCCCGGGAUGGAGCUGCCAUUGCUGCUUUUGUUUUUGGCAUCAUCCUGGUUUCCGUCUUUGCCUACGAUGCCUUCAAGAUCUACCGGACUGAGUUGGCGUCCAGGGCCACCCAGGGGUGCUCCUUCCAGAUGCAGGCCCCAGCACCCAAGCCCUGCCUGCACCUGAACUCUGGUCAGCAAGAGCGAGGCUCAGAGGCAGUGUCACUCCUCAUCGUGCAUUUUUUGCUGAGAAAGAAUUAAAGCUUGUUGACCUGGGACUCGGCGAUGUCCGCCCGCUCCUCUGCCUCAUCCAGCUCGUGCUGCACCUUGCGGAACUUGGACAGGUCAUCGUUGGCACGGACCGCGUCAUCCAGCUGGAUCUGGGUGUCCUGCGCAUCACGAGAGUGGGCGUGAGAGAGGCAGCUGGGCUCUGGCCCAUCAGGAGGCCGUCAGCUGAACUGGAUGCUGCGGAGAGCCCCUGGCGGUGGCUCAGGUGGGACCUGUGCCUGCGACGGCCCGGGGGCAGGAGGGAUCUGGUGCUGUGAUGGGACGCCACCCCCCAACUCGGCCACCGCCCCUCUCUGGGUGAGGUGACUUCCUGCUUCCAAGAGUCACCAGGGCCUCGUUGCGGCUGCGCGUCUCCGCGUCCAGGGAGGUCUGCAGGGAGUCCACCACCCGCAGGUGGUUGCGCUUCGCCUGCUCCAUCUCCUCGUCCUUCUCUGCCAGCUUCCGCUCCAUCUCUGCCUUGAUCUGGUUGAACUCCAGCUGGGCCCGCAGGAUCUUGCCCUCCUCAUGCUCCAGGGAGGCCUGGAGGGCCGCCUGCAGCUCCAGCUUCUCAGCCUCCAGCUGCUUGCGGACCUUCUCCAGCUCGUGGAUGGUCUUUCCACUGGAGCCCAGCUGCUCGGUCAGGUCGGAGAUCUCCUCUGUGGGAGGGGCGGGCCGCUCAGCUGGGGGCAGCCGGGCUCCAACGGGGGGCACGCCUCUAGGAGCCGCUGGGUGGCGCCACGUGCGGACCCUCCCUGCCCCGCCCCCGCCCCCGGCCUGGGCCCGCACCCUGCAGGUUCUUGUUCUCCCGUUUGAAGGUCUCCAGGUGCUCCAGGGACUCCUCGUAGGCGUUCUUGAGCUUGAAGAGCUCGGUGCUGAGGGAGCGCGCCUCCUUCUGCGAGGACUCCAGCUCCGACUGCGACUCCUCGUACUUCUGCUUCCACUCGGCCAGGAUCUGCGGGGACGGGACGCGGCUCACCGGGCAGCCCCAGCCCCACGUCCAGGGGCGCCCAGGCCCCUCUCCUGGGCUCAGCCUCCUCCCAGCCUCUGCCUCCUGGGAGGACGUUCCUGACUCCCGCCUGCCCGCCUGCUCUGGCCCCUGGCUGCGAGUCCCCAGCCUGGGCCCACCUUGUCGAAGUUCCUCUGCUUCUUGUCCAGGGCCGCGGCGGCCGCGUUGGAGCGCUCCACGUCCACCAUCAGGUCUUCGAUCUCAUUCUGCAGCCGGUGCUUGGUCUUCUCCAGCGAGGAGCACUUGGCGUUGACGGCCUCGACGGCCUCCUCGGCGUCCUGCAGCCUCUGAGCCAGCUUCUUCCUGCCCGGCGCGGUUGGGUGUAUGUGUGUCACUCUACCUGGGAACAGCGGGGCCUUGGGACGACCCCUCCCUGAACUGCCAGAUGAGGAGGGCCCGGCCCUCCCACAGAGCUCCUUGGGACACUGAGUAGCCCUUCAGACCCUGGAACCCCAGCCUCCAGGGAGCCAGGGCUUCGGGUGCCUAGAACAGAGGCUCUUCCCUAUGGGGAGCAGCUUCAGGGUGGCAGCCCUCACUUCUCCCCACCCAGGCUGAUCGGCGGUAGCUCCUCUGACCAACAAGCUUUUUGCUCGUCUUAUACGUGAGCAUCAGGUAUAACCCGGGCCAAAAGCUCGCCCGUCACAGGAAGUGAGUCAGGGCCAGCCAGGGUUCACUCAGAGUGCAGGAUCCCAGCUCCCUCGCAAGCACCUGUAUUGCCCACCACGUUUCUCCCCACCUCCUCUCUUCCACCUCAAAUCUGCCUCCCGUGCCCACUCUGCCUGUCUCUACCCAUGUCCUCUCGAGCCUUCCUCUCUUAGAAGCAGGGUUGGGGGCUGCCCAGGACUCACUUGGCCUCCUCCAGCUCCUCGGUCCUCUGGAUGGCGUCCGUCUCAUACUUGGUCCUCCACUGGGCCACCUCCGAGUUGGCCUUGGACAGGACGCGCUGCAGCUCGGCCUUGGCCUCCGUCUCCUCCUCGUAUUGCUCCCGCAGCAGGUCACAGUCGUGCCGGGCUGACUGCAGCGCGUGGGCCAGGGCGUUCUUCGCCUGGGAGGGGCGGCACCGGGAGGUGGGUUCAGCAUCUGGGAAGGUGGGAGGGAAGGCCCUGUCCCCAUUCUCCAGAUCCUUUUCAUAUCUAUGAACUUUAACCAAGCCCCGGCCUCCUUCAGGGUGAGGGCUGGUGUGGAAUCUCAACAUCUUAAGGUACCUUCCCAGUUUGCCCAUCCCUUCCAAAUAAGAAAGGAGGCACUCAGUGAUGUUCGGGUGUGGCUUAGCUGAAGAGUGGAAGAACCUGGCCUGGAGGUUUUUUCAUUAGCAGCCUCUCUGCAGCUUCCAGGCUCCAUUUCUGAGCUGCCUCUUGAGGUCCUCCAGCUGCUGGGUGUAGGAGAGCUUCCCUCGGGUCAGCUGCAAGAUCAGUGCCUCCUUUUCCUCCAGUUGCCGGGACAGCUCACCUGCAGGUGGGAACAAGGGUUUGUGGGCCAUGGAAGGGGGCAACUGAUGCUCUUCCGUGAGGCAGGCACAGGGCUGGUUAGGGGCACCCACCGUUCUCCGUCUGCAGCUUGGCUCGCUGGGUGGAGAAGUCAUUGAGGGAGCGCUGGGCCUCUUCUAGCUUCGCCCGGUACUCGUUGGCCUGGUCCUCCAGUGUCCGGGACACCUUCUCCAGGUUUGCCUUCAGGCGCUUCUGCUUCACGCGCUGCAGGUUGUCGAUCUGCUCGCCCAGCUCGGCCACGCUGUCGGCGUGUUUCUUGCGCAGGGCGGCCGCCGUGGCCUCGUGCUGCAGCGUGGCCUCCUCCAGGUCCCGCCUCAUCUUCUGAAACUCAGCCUCGCGCUUCUUGUUCAUCUCGAUCUGCACGGACGUGGCCCCGCCGGCCUCCUCCAGCCGCUCACUGAUCUCCUCCAGCUCCCGGGACAGGUCUGAGCGCAGCUUCUCCACCUUGGCCCGGGCAGUGCGCUCGGCCUCCAGCUCUUCCUCCAGCUCCUCGAUGCGCGCCUGGGCAGGGUAUAGGGGGCUCAGACCCACCGCCUGACCCCUCCAUCAGAGCCCCCUCCCCAGGGCUCUAGAAGGCUCCUGGCCAAAGCACCCAGGUCCUGCAGAGCAGUGGUUCUCACCAGGGGACAUUCUGUACCCCAGGGGACAGUCAACAAGUUUCUUCUGCAGCUGAAGGGCCAGUGCCUGCUCAUCCUCAAUCUUACUGUUCAGCUGAUUAACGUCAAACUCCUUCCUGGAGGAGAAGAGGGUGACAGGUCCAUGUUGCUCUCCUGGGUCAGCUUCAGGUCACCCUCCAGCUUCCGCUUGGCUCGCUCCAGGUCCAUGCGCACCUUCUUCUCCUGCUCCAGGGAUCCCUCCAGCUGGUGGAGAAAAGAAAAUGAACAGGAUGUAGGAAACCUGAGAUCCACAGUGCAUCCUCUUCUGCUCCCGUCUAAACCCAAAGUCCAAUGGGAUUGGAAGUCAAACCAGCAGAGUUAGCCCUGCAAGCAUGAAGCAUUAGAGACCCAGCCUAGUGAGGAACUGUAGAAAGAAAAGGGCCCCAGGGGUCAUGGAAGUUAGUUCUAGGGAUUGGGAACCCCUUGGCCAUUGGUGUUGCCUGAAAAAUCCCAACCUGAGAGGGAUGGAGCAUGGUUGUUACUACUCACAUCAUCCACCUGCUGCUCCAACUUGACCUUGGCCUUGGUCAGGGUGUUGACCUUGUCCUCCUCAGCCUGAAGGUCAUCCAGGGCCUGUUGGUGGGCCUCUUGCAGAGCUUUCUUCUCCUUGGUCAGCUUGGCAAUGAUCUCGUCCAGCCCAGCCAUCUCCUCUGUCAGGUUCUUCACCUGUUGACCAAGAACCCCAUCCCCUUUAGGGUCAAAGGUCACCAACCUAGAGACAUCUGUGGAGACCUCCAAUGCCAAGGACCUGGGCCACACUCAGGUCUGGGAAUCCUGAGGAGACACGGGCUGGAGCCAGAGGGAGCUGCCCUCACCUUGUUCUCUGUGGCGUGCUUCUCCUUCUCCACCUUGGCCAGCGUCAGCUCCAGGUCAUCAAUGUCCCUCUUGAGCUCAGAGCACUCGUCUUCCAGCUUGCGCUUCUUGGCCGUGAGCUCGGCGUUCAUCUCCUCCUCGUCCUCCAGCCUCUCGGUCAUCUCCUUCACCUUGGCCUCCAGCUGGAUCUUGUUCUUGAUCAGCUGGUCGCAGCGCUCUUCCGCAUCAGCCAGGUUGUCUUGUUCCUGGGAGAAGAGGACAGAGAGGAGAGAUCCAGGGUCUUAAAGAGAGCCAGAGCUCUGAGACUCAGUCCCUGGUGAUGAGAUGGGCUAUAAUCCAGGGGAGGGGAGAGGAGAAAUGGUCUCACGGCCUGCACUUGGAGCUGCAGGUCGUUCUUCUCCUGCAGCAGGGACACCAUCUUCUCCUCCAGCUCCUUGCGUCGAGCCUCCGACUUCUCCAGCGUCUCUUUGAGGCGCCCAAACUCCUCCUUCAUGGUGGCCAUCUCCUUCUCUGUCUCUGCACUCUUCAGCAGCGGUUUGAUCUUGAAGUAGAGCUUCAUCCAGGGCCAAUUCUUGACCCCCAUGAAGGCCCGAAUGUUCCACUGGAUUACCAGCAGGGCAUCCCUGGCAAAGAAACAUGGAGGCAGGGAAGGGCACUGUAAAAGAGCGCUUCGCAAUCAUGGGGCCAGCAGCACUCGGCUCCCAGCACAUCUAAGCAAGUUUGUAGGCACCUGACGGCAGGAACCCUGUCUUGUAGCCUUGAUAGGCAACCCCACCUCAGCAUAACCACACUGAACAUGGAGUUGCUCCAUAAAUAGUUAUUGAUUGAUCAAUUCAACAAAAGGGCAGUUUAUAUCUUCCUUACUGGAGUAUUAGUAGCUAUGGAAGCUACCACUUCCACAGUAGAAUGUCUACCACAGUAGAAUGUCUACCGUGUUCGGUGUUUCUAAUCUCAUAAGAACCUCAAGCAUGUUAAAAAUAUGAUAUUUUCCAUUUAGGAAUAUCUAUAAUAUAUGUGUAAGUUAUGAAGCAUGAAACAAAAUGACUGUCCAUGAACUCAUCACCCAAACAAGAACUAGAGCAUUGCCAUCGCUGAUUCUGCCUGUGGGCUCCACCCCAUCCCCUUUCCUGGUCCUUCCACCAGAAGCAGCCACUACCUCGAAUCUUGUGUUUUUUGUUUCCUAACUUUUUCAAAAAAUAUUUUAACCAUGUGUGUAUGCAUCUUUGAACAAUAUGCUAUUUUAAAAAUUAUUUCUGAGAUUUAUAAAAAUUGCAUCACACAAUAAGUAUCCUUCUGUGCCUUGCUUUUGUUUACUCAGCAAUAUGCUCUUAAGGCGCAAACGUAUUGUACCAUGUAGUUUUAGUUCCCUCCUUUUUCAUUGCUUUAUAAUAUUCCCCUGAAUGAGUAUACUACUAUUCACCCAUUCUCCUGUGGAUGAAAAUUCAAGUUGUUUCCAGAUCUUUGCUAUUUUGACCAA